UGCAUUUCUUCCUCUUCUAGUUUCACUUUCUUUCUCAGUAUUUGAAACUUCGCACAGAAACAGCGGCACGUCUUCCAGGUGAGAGAAUAUCCCGCGGCCAUUGCCACCAUGCUUCCCCUCCUCCUGGUCCUCUCUGUGUUCUUUCCUCCCUCAACUGGAGCUCAGAUACCAAAUCAAGACCAAGCCAAAGAUCUCCCCGUAGCCACGAAUGGCCAGCAGUUCCCCUGGGGCAGCAUGAGACUCCCUAAAACCAUCAGCCCACUGCACUAUGACCUGACCAUCCACCCCAACCUCACCAGCUUAGACUUCACCGGUGUGGUCCGCAUCGAUCUGGACGUGCACCAGGACACCAGUACUGUGAUCCUCCAUGCAAAGCAGAUGCAGGUAUCCAGCGCGUUCCUGCUGGCGCCUGAGGGGGCCAGGCCGCUGCAGGUGCUGGAGUAUCCCUCCUCCCACCAGCUCGCCCUGCUGGCGGACUCGGCUCUCACCAAAGGCAGGAAGUACGAGCUCCUGCUGGAGUUUGCUGCCAACUUGUCCGACAGCUACCAUGGUUUCUACAAGAGCAGCUACCGCACCAGCAGCGGGGAGGUUCGGGUCAUGGCUUCUACGCAGUUUGAGGCGACCUUUGCUCGGGGAGCCUUCCCUUGUUUUGACGAGCCGGCCUUCAAAGCCAACUUCACUAUACGUAUUGUCCGAGAGCCACGGCACAUAGCCAUUUCCAACAUGCCCAAGGUGAAAACCGCCGAGUUGCCGGGCGGUUUGCUCGAGGACCAUUUUGACACGACAGUCAAAAUGAGCACGUACUUGGUGGCCUACAUCGUGUCUGACUUCCUGUCCGUGAGCAAGACCACCCAGCACGGCGUCAAGAUCUCCAUCUACGCAGUCCCCGAGAAGAUCGGUCAGACGGCUUAUGCGCUGGAUGCUGCCGUCAAGCUGUUGGACUUCUAUGACGAUUACUUUGACAUUCCUUACCCACUUCCCAAACAGGACCUGGCUGCCAUCCCUGACUUCCAGUCAGGUGCGAUGGAGAACUGGGGCCUGACCACGUACCGAGAGACCGGCCUUCUUUUUGACCCCAACAAGUCCUCUGCCUCUGACAAACUGGCCAUCACUAAAGUCAUCGCCCACGAGCUCGCUCACCAGUGGUUUGGGAACCUGGUGACGAUGGAGUGGUGGAAUGACUUGUGGCUUAAUGAGGGCUUUGCCAAGUUCAUGGAGUUUAUCUCCCUCGACAUCACCUACCCAGAGCUGCAUGUGCAUGACUUCUUCUUUGGCAAAUGUUUUGAAGCUAUGGAGGUGGACUCGCUCAGCUCCUCCCACCCAGUGUCCACCCCCGUGGAAAACCCCACACAGAUCCAGGAGAUGUUCGAUGACGUGUCGUAUGACAAGGGGGCAUGCAUUUUGAAUAUGCUGCGAGACUUCCUGACGCCUGACGCCUUCGAGAUCGGCAUCAUCCGAUACCUGAAGCGCUACAGCUACCAAAACACCGUGAACAGCCACCUGUGGGAGAGUCUGACUGACAUCUGCAGCUCAGAUGAUUUGGAUGAAGGCCGAAUGAAACACACUGAGUUCUGCUCCAAAUAUAAACAGCAGUCUGGAGCCUCUAAGUGGUAUUCUGGGGACGAGCUGGAUGUGCGGGCCAUCAUGGACACGUGGACGCUGCAGGAGGGAUUCCCUCUGGUCACCGUGGAGGUCCGGGGUCGGGAGGUCCGGCUCAGUCAGGAGCGUUUCCUGAGGACAGACGAUACAUCCCUCACUGACGGAUUCCUGUGGCAGAUCCCUCUCACGUAUGUGACCAGCGCCUCAGGCACCGUCCACCGGUUCCUUCUCAAGACAAAGAACGACGUGCUGUACCUGCCGGAGGAGGUGGACUGGGUUAAGUUCAACGUGAACAUGAGCGGCUACUACAUGGUCCACUACGCUGGCGAGGGCUGGAACUCCAUCAUCAAGCUGCUUCAGCACAAUCACACGGCUCUGACCAGUCGCGACCGAGCCAGUAUCAUCCACAACGUCUUCCAGCUGGUCAGCGUGGGGAAAGUGAAGCUGGACACGGCCCUGGAGCUGUCUCUGUAUCUGUCCAGAGAGACCGGCGUCAUGGCCGUCACCCAGGGCUUCGGAGAACUGGUGCCGCUCUACAAGCUGAUGGAGAAGAGAGACAUGGCUGUGCUGGAGAACCAGAUGAAGGGCUACAUUGUGGAUCUUUUCCGGGAUCUGAUCGACCGGCAGGAGUGGAGCGACUCCGGUUCAGUGUCGGUGCGAGUGUUGAGGAGCUACCUGCUGCUGUUCGCCUGCGUCAGGAACUACGAGCCCUGCGUGAGCAAAGCCACCCGGCUCUUCGGCCAGUGGAAGGAGUCGGGCGGCACCAUGAGCCUCCCUGUUGACAUCACCAUGGCUGUGUUUGUGAUCGGCGCUCGCACGCCCGAGGGGUGGGACUUCCUCUUUGAGAAAUACAAGACUUCCCUGCAGAUGUCGGUCAAGAGCCGCAUGAAGACCGCCAUGUCGGUCACUCCACUGCAGGACAAGCUGCAAUGGAUGAUGGAGCAGAGCCUCCGCGGAGAGGUGAUGAAGACUCAGGACCUUCCAGACGUGAUCGUCUCUGUCAGCAGGAACCCAAAGGGCUACAAGCUGGCCUGGGACUUCCUCCGAGCCCACUGGCCCACCCUGAUCAAGAAGUUUGACCUCGGAUCCAGCACGAUAUCGUACUUGGUGAAUGGGGUGACCUGCCAGUACUCCACCAGAGAGAUGCUUCACGAGGUCCGAAGCUUCUUUGGCUCGCUGACCGAGGAGACGGGCUCGAAGAUGAGGUGCAUCCAGCAGAGCUACGAGACCAUUGAGGAUAAUAUCCGCUGGAUGGACACACACCUUCCCCUGCUGCAGGCCUGGCUCAGCCGGCGCAGCAGAGCAGGCCGUGAGGAUUUAUAGAUCCAGGGGAGAAACGGAGAAGAGGACGGAGUCGGAGGUGGACGACUUCAUUCAUGAUGACAGAAAUGAGACUUUCUGCUUUCAAAAGCACACUGCAAAAACCCAAAAUCUUAACAAGAAUAUUUGUCUUAUUUCUAGUUAAAAUGUAUCAUUUUUAGUCAAAAAUCUCAUUACACUUAAAACAAGACUCAUCACUGGAAAAAACAAUUGUGAACAUUUACUUGAAACAGGUGAAAAUUGUCAAAUAAGUUAUUUUUCUGGUAAUGACUCUUGUUUUAAGUGUAAUGAGAUUUUUUGACUAAAAAUUAGACAUUUUAACUAGAAAUAAGAUAUUCCUGGUAAGAUUUUGAGUUUUUGCAGUGCAACAAUUCAGCCGGUUUUGAAUGUUUGUAUAGUGCUGAAAUAAAAUUAGUCAUUUUACUGUUGGGAAUUUAAAAAAUAUUUUAUUUAUUACUGUAAAACAUUUUUCGACCCCUCCAAGCCCAACAUCAGGAAAGGCUCCCGUGAAACAAGGAAUUGUGGGAGUUGCUUUCUUGAGAUUUGUAUCUAAUUUUCACUGGUACAGUUUAGUUUUUAGUUUUUUCUCUCAGGAACAGACACAAUACCUGAAUAUCUCUGCUUAGAUUAGCUUGUAGGCGGCUGUGGCCGAGCGUUCGCUCAUACAGAUGUUUGUUUGUGGAAUGAAGUGUAGUUUUUACCAGCUGUGAAGUCUGCUUUUGUUCUAACUUAUUUUAAGUUGUUUUUAGUUGACUGUGCCCCAUUGAACCAACCAACAUACACUGUACAACCGAUACUGAAUAUAUCUUUAAAUAUUGUUUAUAGCAGACCAUUUCUCACCAGCGAAACAUUAAACAACAGAUGAAGGAGUCAGCUUUGAUUCUCGGCCAAAGAAA